AUGCCCCGCCGUAUGCGAUUUAGUGAGACAGCCCAGACGAUCCGUCAGAAAUGGUGUAUGGCGCUUUCUUUUAGCUUCACGAAACAAACGAGAGACGGCAGGCAGGAUAGUUUGCGUGGCAAAACCUCCUGCCAUAUGUGGCUCGACUUAUUCGUAAGACAUCUCAGAUUCAGAUGCCCCUGGCCUGGAUGCAUGUGGAUUCCCGAGUGCAAUUCAAGUAAUUCAAGCUCUCUGUUCUCACAAUCUGUUGUCCGAGCUGAGGUUGAGGCUAGGGCUGCAAGGGCCGAGACGACUUUUUGGGUUGCCCUGAAAGUCUUAGUCGCAGAGCAGAAGUGUGCAGCCACAAUUUUCAUCCCAGAGUGA